CCGAUUCUGUCUCGUGUGCUGAAAUUUUUUACAUUUUCCGUAAAAAUAAAUAAAUUUUCACAUGAAAAAUGAAUAACCAGGACCUCUAUACGUUCCUAAGGAGCAUCGGAACGUGUCAGCAUUGCUGUUUGCGCUAUUUGCAAGGCAAGGGAUCGGAAUAUUUGAAUGUUUUUGCAUCUCUCAAAAAAAAAGAAGUGACUCUGGAAGACGUUCCAACACCCGAAGAUGACCCGAAAAAGUUCAAGGAAAACCCCUGUGUGGCAUGUCUCGGAUUAUUUCAAUCAAAAAUCAUCGAUGAAAUUACUGAGGCACUAAAAACUCAUCCAGAUCUUCCGAAAUAUGACUGCCCGACAGUUUCGGCAGCCUUUUCCUUUCCCAUCAUCCUGCAAUUGAGACAAUUAAUUCUUUGGGUGACACUGCUGAAGAGAUUUCCGGGCGAAUUUAAACAAGACGAGCCUCCAGAUAUUCCCAUCAAGGAUUGUUUUCGUGCAAUUGUGAACCAAAAACUUGUUGAAGUGCUGAAAAAACCCUUGGACCCGAACGCGAAUGGAAUUUUGGUGACUUUUGAGUUUAAUUUCGAGAACGAGUUGGAAAUUCUGACAAAAUUAACUCUCGUGAACCCGAAAUACUUCAAAGAUCGCAGCCAAAUGUCGAAAAAAUUCAAAAAAGAAUUCCUCACACGAAAUGCCUUUGAGCAGAAUUUCAUACCAGCCAAAAUAAAUCUUGUUCGUUUCAAGGAACAGUAUCCAGUGCCGCCAGAAAUCCCUUCAUACACCCUCGAAAUGACCUCCGUGAAGGUCAAUGGACCAAUUGUCUUCGUGGCGGGACGUUAUUGCAAGUUUUCACGACGCCUGAGUCAAAGCCCGUGGGUGCUGGAUGGCAAAAAGGUCAUGGAAGACAGUGUUCAGCAGUACAUAACGGAGCAAAUUUACGAAUUUUUCCAAGUGCCUGAGAAUACAAUCAUUUUUUCGUCAAGCGGAAGAGAGGAUGUCGACGUGCGUUGCUUGGAUGAUGGUCGUCCUUUCAUUUUGGAGAUUCCUGAUGCAAAAAAAGCUGAUAUCCCCUUUGAAAUUGCGAGAAAAAUGGAAAAUGAAGUAAAUAAAUGCGGAAAAAUCAGCAUCAAAGACCUGCAAGUAGUGACGAGAGAGUCGACAGCGCUGCUCCGACACGGCGAAGAAGACAAAAAGAAAGUUUAUCGUGCCUUGUGUGCAUUAAAAGUACCUGUCACGGACGAAAUUUUGCAAAAAUUGACACUUCCCGAGGGUUUUACGAUAAAUCAAACGACUCCUAUUCGUGUUUUGCACCGGAGACCGUUGCUGGUAAGACCGCGACGCAUUUAUUGCAUGAGAGCGUCAAGGACAAGUGUUUCGGACAAAGCUCUCGUGCUGGAAGUGACAACUCAAGCAGGUACUUAUGUCAAGGAAUUGGUUCAUAGUGACUUUGGACGAUCGCAUCCUAGUUGCAAGAGUCUCAUCGGCGAGGAAAUUGACUUGGUGGCACUCGAUGUGAUGGCAAUCGACCUCGAUUGGCCCCCAAAAAUCGACUAUUCGACAAAUUCAUAGGAAAUUUUUGAUAUUUUUUUAAUAAAUGCUACAAAAAUUAACAAAUUCAA